GGAAUCUCUUCCACAUUGACUUCGGUCACAUCCUGGGGAAUUACAAGAGUUUCAUGGGAAUCAGUAAGGAGUGGGUUCCCUUUGUGCUCACGCCAGACUUCCUGUAUGUCAUGGGAACAUCGGGAAAGAAAAGUAGCCCCAACUUCCAGAAAUUCCAGGACGUGUGUGUGAAGGCCUACCUCGCUCUUCGGCACCACACCAACCUGCUCAUCAUCCUCUUUUCCAUGAUGCUGAUGACCGGCAUGCCGCAGCUGACCAGUAAGGAGGAUAUCGAGUACAUCCGUGAGGCGCUGACUGUCGGCCGCAGCGAGGACGAGGCGCAGCGCCACCUGCUGGACCAGAUCGAGAUCUGCAGGGAAAAAGGCUGGAUGGUUCAGAUCAACUGGUUUGUUCACCUGGUGCUGGGGAUCAAACAGGGGGUGGAGAAACGGUCCACUUAGGACUCUGUUUGCACGAGUUUUCUUCUUAGAACUUUUCAUUAAGGCAAAUCUUUUGUUUUUAUUCGAUGUAAAUAAGAGUCCUACAAGAUGGUUCUACUUAAGAAUGAAAAGUCCUAAAAGCUAUAAAAGUGAUUGCACAAAAUAAUUUUUUAAGAUUUUUAAUCAUACACCACGGGUCAUCUCAAAUAUAAAGACACUUUAAAAGGAAGAAUAAUGAAAGUAAGGUGAAUGAAUAGCUUUGAUGGGUUAUGUGAUAAUCCUGUUAGUAUUCAGUCAUUUUAUCUACAGAGAAAGGCUUGAUGAAAAGAAAAGUAAAACUGCGACGUGACUGAGUUGAAAAUGCGACACAGCAUCCCUGCAGACGUGGCACCAAGAUGCAUGAAUGCUAAAUUAAGUCUAAUAAAUUAUAUUCUAUGGUGAGGAGACCAAGAGCAGAAAA